AUGGCUUCCAGUUCCUCCCCGCUGUCCCCACGACGAAUGAAGCUCCACAAGUUCAUCCCCUGGGGCCACAAGAAACUAAAGCCAUACUUAGAAAGCCAGGAUUCAGAAGGCAGGGAGUGCAGUGUUCAGGCUGUGGGACCCAGCGCUCUUGAUAACUUCGAAGUGAACUUCUUAGAAAGGGCAGCUAAGGAGAGAGUUCUGAAAAAGAGAGACCACCAGAUGGUGAUUGAUGGUGAACCUGUGGAUAUUUUCUUAGAAACCACGAAAAAGCCAGUGGAGGACCAGGGACCCAGACGUCCAUCUUUGACACAGUCAGCUGAGUCUCCAACCUUCAGACGUUUAUCUUUGAAAUUGCCAGAUGAGGCUUCAAGCUUUAGACCUCCAUCACUGAGACAAACAUCUGAGUUCCACACAAGCAAGAUGCCAACAGCCAUGGCCUCCAGUUCCUGUCCACCAUCUCCACUACAAGUGAGGCUCCAGAAGCCCAUCCCCCAGGCCACAAGGAAAAUAAAGAAGCACUUUGAGAGCUGGGAUUCAGAAGGCGGGGAGUGUAGUAUCCAGCCUGUGGGUCCCAGUGCUCCUGACACCUUCGAGGUGAACUUCUCAGAAAGGACAGCUAAGGAGAGAGUUCUGAAAAAGAGAGACCAUGAAAUGGUGAUUGAUGGCAAACCUGUGACCAUUUUCCUGGAAACCACGAAAAAGCAAGUGGAGGACCCGAGACCUCAACCUCAGUCUGUGACACAGUAUCAGGAUGAAGCCCUCUCCGAUAAAGGGCCUGUUUACAAUUCUGAUGACACUAUUGUCCAGAUGAAGCACCCAAAUACACACUUUGUGAUGUAUCAAGAGUCAAUGACUUUAAUUGAUUUGCCUAAUAAGCCUCCAGAGACAAAGCAGUAUGUCUUCAAAAGAAUGGGACUGUCCCUACCUUCUGGAAAGAGAUUAAAUGAGGAUCACGAGACACCCACGGAUAUCGACAGGAAUGACACAAAUGCAGCUUCACCUCCUCUCAGAUGCUCUGCUGACAGCUCUGGGGCUUUGAAGGUGAAUGAUAACAAAAAUUCCUGUGCCGUCUGCAAGUGCACCAUUAGCAACAAGCAUGUGCUCCCUAAGUGCAAGCAUGAAUUCUGCUCCUCUUGUAUCACCAAGGCCUUGUCAAUCAAGUCUGUCUGUCCUCUGUGUCAGAUGUCCUAUGGUAUCCAGAAAGGGAACCAGCCAGAUGGAACCAUGACUUUCACCACUUCAAGACAGUCACUUCCAGGUCAUGAAGACUGUGGCACAAUUGUGAUUCAAUACAUUAUAGAAAGUGGCAUCCAAACAGAUGAGCACCCUAACCCAGGAAAGCCUUAUAGUGGAACACGACGAACUGCAUACUUGCCUGAUAAUCAGGAGGGAAGAAAGGUCUUGGAUUUGCUCAGAGAAGCCUUUAACAACAAGCUGAUUUUUACAAUACGAGACUCUCGAGUACCAGGAGUGUCUGAUGUCGUUACAUGGAAUGACAUCCCUCACAAAAUAUACACAUUUGGAGGACCAAGAAAUUUUGGCUACCCUGAUCCUCAUUACCUGACACGUGUCAAGGAGGAGCUGAAAGCAAAAGGAAUUGAGUAA